GGCCCAGGAUGGCGGAGAGACCGGAGGACCUGAACCUGCCCAACGCCGUCAUCACCCGCAUCAUCAAGGAGGCGCUUCCUGAUGGAGUAAAUAUUUCCAAAGAAGCUCGGAGCGCGAUAUCUCGAGCGGCAAGUGUGUUUGUGCUUUAUGCAACAUCGUGUGCGAAUAACUUUGCCAUGAAGGGGAAGAGGAAAACGCUGAACGCUGGCGAUGUUCUCUCUGCCAUGGAGGAAAUGGAGUUUCAGCGAUUUGUAGCCCCUUUGAAAGAAUCACUGGAAGGUACCGUCCUCAGUUCAGGUCGAGGGAGUGUAAUGAACACCGAGUCCUGUUUUCCUCAAACACUGGACAAGCAACACUUACUUGCCUGUCUUGUUUCUCUUCUCUUUGCCCAGCAUCCUACACUGCAGUUUGCCUGGGGAAUAAGUAAUGUGCACCUUAACAGGACUGGGAUAAGAUUAUUUCACAACUGAUGAGGAUUGGGAAAGUCUCAUCUGCUAUCACUCCCCUAGUAUGUUUAUCUAAGGAAAGUCUUAGGUGCUGCCUGUAAAUGUGAAUUCCUGCGUCCUUUUCAGCAUUUUUCUGCUGAAAGUUAACCUGGUUUCCUAUGGAGCUGGUCAGCACAGCUCAAGUCAUAGGGUGAGUUGCUGCUGUGAGUUCACUGCUCCCCUUGUAAGCCUGGAGAGCAAGUGGGCGCUGGACUUCAGCUACUGUCCUGUUCGUGC